UGUGCCGAAUUGCCGAUUUUAUUCAGUGUGCCGUUUUGUCGUGUCAUUCCGUUUGAUUUUAAAAUUUUUCUAAGAAUUGGCAUUUUGUCUAUUUUUUUAUUUUGUAAAUGUCAUUUUGGUAAAGUAAAGUGGUAAAAACGAGAUAGUGUUGUAUCUCUGUCGUCUAACUUUUAAUCAAUUUACUUUUCUCGUUUAACUUUUUAUCAUUGUUUUUCAGUUAAUUAAAGCUUCAUUUUAAAGUUUUGUUUAUUAAAAAAUGGGAGCGUACAAGUAUAUGCAAGAAAUUUGGCGUAAGAAGCAGUCUGAUGUUAUGCGCUACCUUCUACGUAUUCGUUGUUGGCAAUACCGGCAAUUGACUGCAAUCCACCGUGUUCCUCGUCCAACACGUCCGGAGAAGGCUCGUCGACUUGGAUACAAAGCUAAACAAGGAUAUGUCAUUUACCGUGUUCGUGUCCGUAGAGGAGGUCGUAAGCGUCAAGUCACUAAAGGACAAACAUACGGAAAGCCGAAAACCCACGGAGUCAAUAAAUUGAAGAAUGCUAGAAGCCACCAAGCAAUUGCUGAGGCGCGUGUUGGACGUCGUUGUGGUUCUCUCCGCGUAUUAAACUCUUAUUGGGUUGGCCAGGAUUCAACAUACAAAUUUUAUGAAGUCAUUCUGAUAGAUCCGUCACACAAGGUCAUUCGCCGCAAUCCUGACACCCAAUGGAUUACAAAACCGGUGCACAAACAUCGUGAACAACGUGGACUUACAUCUGCUGGGCGUAAGAGUCGUGGUCUUGGAAAGGGCAAGAAUUAUAAUAAGACAAUCGGCGGAUCUCGUCGCAAAUGCUGGAAGCGUAGAAACACGAUUGAAUUCCAUCGAAAACGUUAA